CCUCGCCUCCUCCCUCUGGCUUUCCGUCUAUCCUCCUUCCUUCGAAUUCAUUUGUCUUCAUUGUCCUGUGCCGUGCACGGUCAAUAUCCAUUCCUUACCCUUGUACACUCCUUCAUCCCAUAUCUUCUAGACCACCCAUCGAUCCUUGAGAACCGGGUUUCUCGGAUCAUCCAAUCUUAUCCUUCAAUCUUAUCCCUCAAAUCACAAACCAAAGACAUCAACAAUGGUCUCCUUCAAAAUCCUCUCUGCGGCCCUGCUGGCUUCCACUGCCAUGGCCCUCCCCCACGCCAACUCUCACUCUCACAUGCACCAACAACACCAAUCUCUCGAAAAGCGCUCCUCCAGCAAGCGUGGCGCCGCCUACAAUGACGCCGCGCUGGUCUCCUCUCUCUCCGCCAGCGGUGCCGUCUCCUGGGCCUACGACUGGAACAUGUUCAACAUGGGCACCCUCCCCUCGGGCGUCGAGUACGUGCCCAUGCUCUGGGGCGCCAAAAUGUUCACGGGCUGGGUGGCCGCCAUCGAGACCGCACUCGCCAGUGGCUCCGCCUACAUCCUGGGCUUCAACGAACCCGAUCUGGCCUCGCAGGCCGCCAUGGGCUCCGCCGAAGCCGCCUCCUACUAUCGCCAGUACAUCACCCCUUACAGCGGACAGGCGAAGCUGGUGUCGCCCGCCGUGACUUCCAGCACGGGCACCGACGUGGGCCUGGACUGGAUGAACAACUUCCUGACCGACUGCGCCGACUGCGGCAUCUCCGCCAUGGCCGUGCACUGGUACGGCGAAACCGCCGACCAGUUCAAGAGCUUCGUCACCCAGGCCCUGCAGCUGGCGUCGCAGCAUGGCCUGGAGGAAACCUGGGUGACUGAGUUCGCCCUCAGCAGUGAUCUCUCGGGCUCGGGGGCCACGAGCGCCUCGUCGGAGUUUUUGAAUGAAGUGCUCCCCUGGAUGGAUGCCCAGAGCGGCAUCACUCGCUACGCGGCGUUUAUGUGUGCGGAAGGCUACCUGUUGAGUGGGAAUCAGUUGAGUGUUAGUGGCCAGGCGUAUACAUCCUAGGUGUUUUUUUUUUUCAUUUCAUAUAUCUUUUCCUUUAUAUAUAUAUAUAUAUAUAUCUCUCUGUCUCUUGUCUUUUG